UCUGCCCUGCCUUGUGAUAGGGGGCAACGGAGUCUCCACCCAUUUCACCCUGAUUGGCUGAGCAGGGGAGAGUGACGCAGCAAGGGCCCCGCCCCUCCCAAAGGAGUCGGCACUUCCACCUUCCACUUCCAGCUCACUGCCCAGCUGCCAGUAGUCGGGAGUUUUUUCGCGUGUGUUUAUUUGUUUGCGCGAGACAGCGUGUGCGUGCCUCUGUACCUACCAGCAUGUAAGAAAACCGGCAGACCAUAUGGGACUCUGGUGCACACAGGAAACAGGUGCCCCCUCACCGCCAGGAUGAGUAAAGAGAUGUCAUACCAGACAGAUGGGGUAGACAUGAGUGACAUCACCGAGAACCUGGACACCCGCGACCUUGCUGUCGAAGAGGUGGAGGAGGACUUUGACGAGAGCACGGUCAACCAUGCAGGGGAGGUUCUGAUCCCGUUUUCUUCGGUGUAUGAGACCUUGGGCCUUAAGGACCCGGAUGCCAGGAUUUAUCUGUCUACCUUACCCAUCACUGCCCGAAUCUUGGAGGUGGAGAGAUUCACGUGUGCGCAGGACCGUUUCCGAGACCGCAUCCGACACCGCAGGAGCGUGACCAAGGUGCUGCCGGCUGUCUUCAGGAUCGAGCUACGGCACGGGAACUUUACCUGGAUCGUGAAGAGGAAAGAGAAGCACUUUCUGGAGCUCCAUCGAGAGCUCCUACGAUACAAAGCCUUCCUGAGGAUCCCUCUUCCCUCUCGCAGUCACACCGUGCAGAGGAAGAGCAUCAAGCGAGGCGAAGCACGACUGAUGCCCAACCUGCCCAAGGGUGGGAAUGAUGAGCUGGUCCGGGAAGAGCAGGUUUCCAGCAGAAAGAAACAACUAGAGGACUACCUAAACAACUUGCUGAAAAUGUCUGUCUACAGAAAAUACCACGCUACAAUGGAGUUCAUUGAUGUGAGCCAGAUGUCCUUCAUCCAUGAACUGGGGCCAAAGGGCUUGGAGGGGAUGAUCUCCAAGCGUUCUGGGGGCCACCAUAUCCCAGGGCUUAACUGUGGAGGCCGGAGCAAGGUCUGCUACCAUUGGUCCAAACGGUGGCUGGUGGUCAAAGACUCCUUCUUGAUGUACAUGAAGCCUGACACUGGGGCUAUUUCCUUUGUCCUCCUGGUGGACAAAGAGUUCACCAUCAAAAUGGAUUCCAAGGACACCGAGACGAAGCAUGGCAUCCGGAUUGACAGCCUGUCCAGAACUCUACUGCUGAAGUUUACCAGCUUCCGUCAGGCGCGCUGGUGGGGUCAAGCCAUCGAGACGUUUGUGCGCAAGCAUGGGCGGGCCUUCUUGAGGGAGCACCGGUUUGGCUCCUUCGCCAGGCAGGAGGAGAACAUCCCGGCCAAAUGGUAUGUCAACGGGAAGACCUACAUGGAGGACGUCGCCGAGGCUCUGGAGGCAGCCAAAGAGGAGAUCUUCAUCACAGACUGGUGGCUCAGUCCGGAGAUCUUCCUGAAGAGGCCAGUGGUGGAGGGUAACCACUGGCGGUUGGACUGCGUGCUGAAGCGCAAGGCGCAAGAAGGUGUCCGGAUCUUCGUGAUGCUGUACAAGGAGGUGGAGCUUGCUCUGGGAAUCAACAGCGAGUACAGCAAGCGAACCCUGAUGCGCCUUCACCCCAACAUCAAGGUGAUGCGGCAUCCGGACCACGUCUCCUCCAGCGUCUACCUGUGGGCGCACCACGAGAAGAUUGUGGUCAUCGACCAGUCAGUGGCCUUCGUGGGCGGGAUCGACCUGGCGUAUGGCCGCUGGGAUGACCGCGAGCACCGGCUGACAGACGUGGGGAGCGUGACGCGUGCCUCGUGCGCUGAGCAGCAAUUCAAUGCUGUCAUCAACACAUCACUCGACAGCGCCCCCUCCAGUAAGGGUAAAGCCUCCAGCUCAAAUGACAUCAAGCACCCGUCCAAGCUGAAGGGUGUAAGCAGAACCCGCAGGUCCCGCUUCAGUCUCUACAGGCACCUGCACAGACACACGCGGCACCUUGGAGGCAGCAUCAGCAGCCUGGAGAGCUCUGAGGAAAAAACAGGAUCCAUGCGCAGCCUGCAGACAGGUGUGGGAGAGCUGAUGGGAAACACGCGAUUCUGGCAUGGGAAGGACUACUGCAACUUCGUGUACAAGGACUGGAUCCAGCUGGAGAAGCCUUUUGACGACUUCAUCAACAGGUACACCACUCCCAGAAUGCCCUGGCAUGACAUCGCCUCCGUGGUCCACGGGAAAGCUGCCCGGGAUGUAGCACGGCACUUCAUCCAGCGCUGGAACUUCACCAAGAUCAUGAAGCCGAAGUACAGAUCGCUGUCCUACCCUUUCCUGCUGCCCAAGUCACACAGCACCGCUAACGAGCUGAGCCACCAGGUGCCAGGCUGCGUCAACACUAAAGUGCAGGUUCUCCGAUCUGCCUCGGAUUGGUCGGCUGGCAUCAAGUACCACGAAGAGUCGAUUCACAAUGCCUAUGUCCAGGUGAUCGCUAAGAGCAAGCACUUCAUCUACAUUGAGAACCAGUUUUUCAUAAGCUGUGCUGACAACAGGCAAGUUCACAACAAGAUUGGGGAAGCCAUCAUAGAAAGGAUCAUCAGGGCUUACAAGGAGAACAAGAAGUUCCGAGUCUAUGUGGUGACACCGCUGUUGCCCGGGUUCGAGGGAGACAUCAACACGGGGGGAGGCCAUGCCAUCCAGGCCGUCAUGCACUUUAACUACAGGACUAUGAUAAAAGGUGAUUACUCCAUUAUUUCCCAGCUGAAGAAAGAAAUGGGGGACCAGUGGAUUAACUACAUCUCCUUCGGGGGCUUGCGGACCCAUGCCGAACUGGAGGGCCGACUGGUGACGGAGCUCAUCUACGUGCACAGCAAGAUGCUCAUCGUCGACGACAACACCGUCAUCAUCGGUUCGGCCAACAUCAAUGACCGCAGCAUGCUGGGAAAGCGUGAUAGCGAGGUGGCGCUCAUCGUGGAAGACACAGAGAUGGUGGACUCGGUGAUGGAUGGACAGGAGUACAGGGCCGGAAAGUUCAGCCUGCAGUUGAGGCUGGAGUGUUUCAGGAUGAUCCUCGGCGCCUUCACAGACUCCACCAUCGACGUGACGGAUCCCAUCAGCGAUCGCUUCUACAAGGAGGUCUGGAUGGUCAUAUCAGCUCGUAAUGCCACAAUUUAUGAAAAGGUGUUUCGCUGUCUGCCCUCCAGCGACGUGCGGAACAUGCAGGAGAUGGAGAAUUACUUGUGCAAACUGGGUCUGGACAAGACAGAUCCAGCUCGGGCUCAGGAGGAGCUGAAGAAGAUCCGCGGUUUUCUGGUCCAGUUUCCACUUAACUUCCUGAGCGAGCAGAACCUUCUACCCCCAGUCGGCUCCAAAGAGGCUAUGGUCCCCAUGGAGACGUGGACCUGAAGCCCACUGAAUGUCCAGGACCAAGACUAACAGCCCAGGGCUGCUGUCACCAUGGCGCAUUCGCGGUGACUGUUCUGGAAACCGCUGAGUGUGUUUACAGCACGGCCCUGAACUUCCAGUGGGUGGCGCUGUCUGACACCCAUUGCGGCACGUCCGGAACAAGCGUGCUCACACUCGCAGGUUUUUACACCUCCUGCACUCUUCCUCUCACCAAACUAUGUGAUAAGCCAUUUCCUAAAGACAGUAACACCUUGUAAUUACGGAAUUAAAUGUGCGUCUCCGAUAUUAAUCUAUGGUUAAGUUACAGUGCCAAAGCUCUUUUUAUUCAAGCUCUUAAUAGGUCUUUUAAAAAGGAAUUAAGUGCCUCUUUAGAAGCGCAGUAAAACUGAAGUGUAUAAUAUGAAAAGGUGGACAUAGGUUGCCCUACACUCAAUAAAUCCCUUCUUCCCGUGGGAAUCUGAAUUCCGUGGUCCAAGAGAGAAGCAGAACACAGAGGCUGUCAGCGGUCAUCUGUCAAUCCACUCCGCUACAUUAAUGAUAUUUUAAAGCUUUUAAAGCUUCAUGUAUGACCUCUGCCUUGAGGAACAAGACGAGGAAUACCUCCCUCCCCAAUCGUGUUUGGACAAUCUCCAACCUGGCGGGGGGGGGGGGGGGUCAGGAUACUAUGACACUGGACUCUCUUGGUAUGUCAGCGAUGAGGUUCCUACCUGGCGUCCACUUGCAGUACCCCUACCGAGCAGACAGAGGGCGUCCCUCUUUCAGGUUUUAAUCUGGCUCUGUGCCACUGUUUUCGCUCCUGACGUUAGACCAGAAAGCACCCUGUGUUUUUUAGUUAUUUAUCUUUGCACAGGCCACUCAAGGUUUCCCACGUUCGCCGUUCUCUGUGCAACCUAUGCAGAAAUGAAAACAUUCAUUAAAUUUUAUACUGCAAUUA